AUGCACAUCCAAAGCCUCAUCGGUGUUUGCCUUGUUGCCCUAGCCAGCACCACGACCGCCCUACCCCGGCUUGCAGGUCCUUACGAUGGGCACCGUCUUGCAGUGCAUGUCCCCACAAAUUCAACAACCGCUCAGAAUGCGACCACAACCAGGACCGCAGCCAAGGUACCUUUGACGACGGGAUUACCGACUCCAAAGAAUAAGACUGUCAACCAUCUCUCGCACGGGUUGAACUCGAUUGAUAAUCCUACUAAAGGGAGCAACCAUUGCAAUGAGUUGUGUUCUUUAGAAGCGCAGACUUGCACUAUUGCUGUACCUGAAGAUGAUAAGUACUGUUGGCAGACAUACACACGGUGCAUGAGCAAGUGUCGGCCGGACAACUUCCAGAAGUAG